AUGCCCCCUUUACCCACCAUACGUCUUCGGGUGUGGCACCACAGCGACUUCGCACCCACCCCUGAGGACAAUCUCCAUCUCUCCAACUUCCUCGGCUCAUUUGAGACUGGGUCAUGGCACGUUCAGCCCGCUGAGGUGCUGACCGAGACUUGCUGGGAUCACACCUUUGUGCCUGUCGAGGUCGACAUCAAGUACCGGCCGACCUCCUAUUACAACCUCGCCGAAGCCUCCAUGGAGCUGCGCCGUUUUUUCAGAGACACCGUCGAAACACACGUUGGCGAGUUCUUCAAGCGUGUUUCAAACACCACGGCCCUCCUCGUCCACAUGUACCCGGUCGGAGAUGAGGUCGCCGACACGUUGAAGGGCAUGUUACUUUGUGUGAAUUUCCUGCAGCCUUUGGCUUUCGAAAGUGGCAUCUACGUCGAGAGCCAUCGUCUCUUGGAACACAGUAUGCUAGAAGAAGGAGUCAUCAUCGCGGCCGAUAUCUCCGCUCGGGCCUUUGAACUCAACAGUACCUUGGCCUCCGGCGAUUUGAAUGCUCUCAAGAUUAAGAGCUUGAGCAUAUUGUCCUUUUUGCAGGGAAGACAGGAAACUCCACUGCCAAAGGAAGUGGUAGACGCUUGGAACAAGUCUUUGACCUCAUUCACCGCGGUCCAUCUCUUUUCGAAGAAGAUUAAGAGUUGCGUGAACAGUUUGGCUAGUCAACAAGGUGUCAGUGACCAUACCCUCUACACCAGCCUUGUCUUGAUCCGAGAUGCUAUCCUGCGCUUUUCAGAGUACCAGAAAUCGUCCAUGGAGGCCUACAAGACCCGAACCAACACUUCUAGAGAGUUGAUAGCAGGCCUCGCACCUACUGUUUUCGGCCUCUUCUAUACCGUGGCCUCUAUUCAAGGCUCUCCUCUUGUUGCCACCGCCACAGCCUCCGCUUUAAGUGCCUUGAUCGUUGGAGCACUUGGUCUUCCACGGUUGUUGAAAUGCCUCAGCAACGAGGAGGAUGCCGACAAGUUCGGCGGCGCCAUGAGGGAUUUCCAGAGGAACUUGCGGAUGGCCCAGUUUGGCCUUGCAAUACUCUUUUGUCAUCAGACUUUGAAGAUCCCUUUUUCUUGGCUAGCAGAUGGAAAGGGAAUUAAGAUACUCGAGAGUCUUGGCAUCGACAUUUCGCAGCUCAAGAACGAAGAGUUUUCUGAGAAGUUUGCUUUGGACAGUCUGGAAAUCUUGAGCCAGUCCUACGAAGGUUUCGAGAAGUUGCGGGAUGACAUUACACGGCACGCCGGCCUGAAGGAGUACACGGAGGCGACGAUGCCUUCAAGCACUCCCGACGGAAACGGGGAUCCAAUGGAUUUCCAACAGGAUUGA